CUCUCCCUCUCCCCCUGUCCCCUCCAGGUGAUCUCCCUGGACGUGCGGUCGAAUCAGCGAGGGGAGGAUGGCGUUGACGGGCCGAGGCAGUCCGGAGACCAGGCCGGUGAGCUGCGGUACACCCACAUGCUGAACCGGGUGCUGCCCGUUGACAUCCGGGCGCUGGCCUGGGCGCCCGCGGGCCGGGACUUCAGCGCCCGCUUCAGCUGCCUGCACCGCACCUACCACUAUUACUUCCCGGCGUCGGGCCUGGCGCUAGGCCGCAUGGACCGCGCCGCCCGCCUCUUUGAGGGCACGCACGAUUUCCGAAACCUGUGCAAGAUGGACGUGGCCAACAGAGUGACCAACUUCCGCCGCACAGUGCUCAGGGCCCGGGUGGAGGCUCUGCCCGAGGCGGGGCCGGAACCUUCCGGCAACAGGCCUGCGGCCUACCGCAUGUGCCGCUUCGAGGUGCGGGGCCUGGCCUUCCUCUACCACCAGGUGCGGUGCAUGGCGGCCGUCCUGCUGCUGAUUGGCCAGGGCCUGGAGGAACCCGAGGUCAUCGACCAGCUCCUGGACGUGGACAGGAACCCCCGCAAGCCCCAGUACAGUAUGGCUGUGGAUUACCCCUUGGUCUUGUACAACUGCGCCUACGAAAACCUGGAGUGGGUUGUCGACCCAGACGCUCAGAGCUUCACCGUGAACCAACUCCACUCCAUGUGGACUCAGCACGCCAUCAAAACCCAGAUCCUGUACUCCAUGCUCCAGGGAAUGGGACAGGCGCCAAGUGAGGAGGAACGAGGAUCGGGGACGGACCCCCUGCGGGGGCAGGCCCCUUCCCAGGACGAGGCGUCGCGCCUGGCGGACCGGCUGAUGGAGGGGGUGAGGCCGCGGCGGUACAAGAGGCUGCUGGAGCGGGAGCUCUGCGAGGGGCUGGAGUCGCGCAUCCGCCACUACGCCAAGAGGGGGCGCAUCGAGCUGCCGGCGGCCAUGAGGGCAGACGGCCAGGAGGGGGGCCGUCCGAAGGAGGAGGAGGAGGAGGAAGACGACGCAGCUCCGACCCUCCCUCACCCUCCGAGGUGACGGGGGGAAGAGGAGGAGGAGGAGGAGUCAGCGAGUGCAGGAGACCUUUGGCAGACCCAUGCCGUGGGUCCGAUGGGGUCAGACAUGUGCCGGUGUCACCCUGGGGAGGGGUGGGACGGGUCCUGAUUUGGUUCCCCCUGAACGUGGUCAAUAAAGGACAUUUUCUUUUUGUAA